AACUGUUCUCCAAAGCAGAACUCGCAUCUACUUCUACUUCGGCGACGAACCACAAGGAUCGACCGCGUUCAAUGCAGCUGACUCAACUCGCCAGCACCCUUCUUCUUCAAAACAACUCGGGUGGAGGAGGUCGUGGUGGUCUGCUCAUCUCUAGGUUCCUCGACCUGACCGGUUUCCAGAGUGCGCUGCAGGUUGGGGCCGACCAACUGUUCAACGCGUGGAAUGAUAUCGUUGUCGAAGACG